GACAAACAGAUGGAGACAAAGUGGCCAACACCCUUCUUGUCUCUAUCUCCUUCCGACAUCUCCUAAAUUAACACCUUCCUCUUACUUUCUUUUGAUUUCCUUGUUUUUUUAUUGCUUAAUCACAAAGCGUCAGAGUUUGAGAUGUUAUGCAAAAUAAUUGGCCAAAGUUUAAUUUGGACGAAGGAUGUCGUAUAUAUCUUGGGAAUGUUGCGUUAACAGUGGCACCUUCAGCUACUGCUUCCUUCUUCCUUCCAUGGAUGUUUUCUUUUCCUUCCCAAACCAUUCCCAAAGGCUCCUUCCUUAGUUUACUCUGCUUUUCCUCUUUUUUGUCUCUCGCUUUUUCUCUCGAUGACGGCUCCCAACAUUGAGAUGAUUGCGGCUUUGCUUCGGAGCUGCACGGUGGGGAGGGAGCGAGGUCUACGUUCGCCGGCGACACAUCUCGUCGGCGGAAGCCCAGAAAGCGUCUCCGUGGAGCUCAACUCGGAGACGGCGCUGCCUUUCCACUGGGAGCAGUGUCUCGACAUGCAGACAGGGGAAGUCUACUACUUCAACCGGGAGACCGGAACCAGGACGAGCAAAGACCCCCGAGCCGCCGCCGCCUACUCGUCGAGCUAUCAUUCUGAGGAAGACGUCUCCUCGUCCUCCGACGACAGCUUCUCCGGCGUCGCCAGCGGCGGCAGCAGCAGCAGAAACGACAACGAGGACAGCAGCGACAGUACCGCCAACUCCUGUCUCACCUCCAUCUCCUCCUCCUCCCCUUCCCGGGCGACCGCCGCCGAGCCUCUCGUCUCCGCCGGAUGUCGGUCCUGCUUCAUGUACUUCAUGGUCCCCAAGAGCGACGACUCCUGCCCCAAGUGCAGCGGCCGCCUCCUCAAGCUCGGCCGCCACGGCAACGUCUGAAGCACUCACUACUUCAAACUCCAGUCUCAAUUCCUCUUGUACUUUGGAUCGAUCCAACGAGAAAAAAAGAUCCAACUUUUAUUCCGUGUUUCUCCAAAUUAAACUGAUUUCUGCAACA